UGUUACAUUUACAUGCAUUCUGCCAAGACUGUCCCAAUGCAGCAAAAACUCCACUCCACCCUUGUCCUGCUUGACAGAGGCUUUGUGUGAGAUGCAGCUGGAGUCUCUGGUUACACCCUCUCCACCCUCCAAAUGUCGCGCUGCAGGAUGGAGCAGGCAGCUGUGAGAAUCUGACAAUAUUUCUCAAGCACAUUCUUCUAUCAUUCUCUUUCGUGCUUGUACUGUGAACCACUUUGAUAACCGACCCAAAGAGAAAAUCUUCACAAUGUCGAAUUGGAGACUUAGAGGCGAUCCCAAAACAAUCGGGGGUGUCAACGUGGUGACAGAAGAGCUGAGGAAUCUUUACUACAAAAGACUGCUGCCGAUAGAGAAGCACUACUCCUUCCAUCACUACCACUCUCCGAGUUACGAGGAUGCGGACUUUGACAACAAACCGAUGGUGUUGGUGAUGGGUCAGUACUCAACAGGAAAGACAACUUUUAUCAGGUAUGAUAUUCUGAUGCAACUAGAUGGUAUCCAGGUAAAAAGCACAUCUGUUUGCAGAUAUCUAAUCGAACAAGACUUUCUGGGGAGCCGAGUGGGGCCGGAGCCGACCACGGACUGCUUCACAGCACUCAUGCAUGGAGAGGCGGAAGGAAUCAUACCAGGGAAUGCCCUCACCAUGGAUCCCAAAAAACCAUUUCGCAACCUUGACCCUUUUGGGAAUACUUUUCUAAACAGAUUUCAGUGUGUGCAGAUGCCCAAUCAGGUCCUUGAGAGUAUCACUAUCAUCGAUACACCGGGCAUCUUAACCGCAGCAAGGAAAAAACUUAGUCGAGGUUACGACUUCCCGGCAGUGCUACGCUGGUUUGCCGAGCGUGUGGAUCGGAUCAUCCUGCUGUUCGACGCGCACAAGCUCGAAUUCUCGGAUGAGCUCACUCGGGCCUUUGAGGCUCUGUUUGGCUACGAGGACAAGUUACGUGUGGUUCUGAACAAGGCUGACAGGGUGGACUCGCAGCAGCUUAUGAGAGUAUAUGGCGCCCUCAUGUGGUCACUGGGAAAAGUGUUCAAAACUCCGGAGAUUUUGCGAGUUUACGUCGGAUCCUUUUGGUCGGAGCCAAGGCAGAUGUGUGACCACUACCAGCUGAUCGACUUGGAGGAGGAGGAUCUGUUAGCCGAUAUUAGAAACCUCCCACACAACGCCGUUGUGAGAAAAUUGAAUGACUUGGUGAAGAGAGCUCGACUCGUGAGGGCUCAUGCACACAUCAUCGGCUAUCUGAAGGAGGAGAUGCCGACUCUUUUUUGCAAAGAGAGCAAGAAGCACAAUCUGAUCUACCAACUUCCCGUCAUUUUCACUAAGAUCCAGCAGCAACACAGAGUUCCAGCGGGAGAUUUCCCCGACUGCACCAAGAUGCAGGAGCAGCUUUUGAGUCAGAACUUCUCAAAGUUCAAGAAACUGAAACCAAGUUUGAUGGCUUCCCUGGACAAACUCCUAAACAAUGACAUUGCUAACCUAGUUCCCUUACUUCAGCAACAAGAACUUCAAAAUAAACCCCUGGCUGGAGUUUUAGAUGGUGAGUUCCUGGGAACGUUCAGGCGUGACCAUUACAAGCGGCAUCCCUUCAAGGAAUUCAAAGAUGGCGAUGACAGUGAACAAGACUCCAUUGAGUGGAUCGUGGAGAAACACAAACCAAAAUAUGAUGAGAUCUUCUACAACCUCAGCCCAAAUGAAGGCAAACUUAGCGGAGCCAAAGUCAAAGAAUGGAUGACGACAACACUUUUGCCAAAUUCUGUGCUUGCUCAUAUCUGGAGGUUGUCAGACGUUGAUGCAGAUGGCAUGUUGGACAAUGAGGAGUUUGCGUUGGCUGUGCAUCUUAUUGAAGGAAAACUGGAAGGCCAUUGGCUCCCGCGUGAGCUGCCUUCUCACCUGUUACCUCCCUCGAAACGACUAAAUAUGACUGAUGAGGAAUCUAACUAAGACAUCCAGUAUUUACUAACACAGUACUGUAAUUGUUUUCUUCACUUUGAGGAAAAAUGUGACGUAGCUGCAACAUUUUGUAUCAAUGCCAUAAUUAAAAGACGACUUUACACGUA